ACUCCCCUAGAUAGCUUUCCGAACACACAAUCAGCGGUGCCAUAGAAAUGCUCUGUUGGUGUUUGCCUAACAAUCCCAGUAAAGCUCCGACGUUGGCCGUGUCAAGCGAGAUAAGAUUUGGGGUCAAAGAGUGACACUCCGAGUCGCUUUUCGGGGCCUCAGUCGCAAAUAGCAGUCGCCUAAUAGCACACAGUGUUUGUUUGUCUCGCUAAGUCAUGUCGUUAAGAGACGGCCUCCUGCUGGGCAUGGGAAAUCCCCUGCUGGACAUCUCAGCCGUUGUCGAUGAAGUCUUCCUGAAGAAGUACGAUCUCUUGCCGGACAAUGCCAUCCUCGCGGACGAGAAGCACAAGCCAAUGUAUAGCGAAUUGGUGGAGAACUACAAUGCCGAAUUCAUCGCCGGAGGCUCAGUGCAGAAUACUCUGCGCGUGGCCGAAUGGAUUCUGCAGCGCGGAAAUGUGGCGGUGUUCUUCGGCUGUGUGGGUCAGGACAAGUAUGCCAAGAUCCUGGAGGAGCGCGCCCACGCGGCAGGCCUCAAUGUGCAGUUUCAGUACACCAAAGACGCACCCACGGGCACCUGUGGCGUGCUGAUCACGGGCCAUCACAGGAGUCUGUGUGCGAAUCUCGCGGCCGCCAAUCACUUCACCAUUGACCACCUGCAGAAGCCGGAGAAUGAGGCGCACGUGCGCAAUGCCGAGUACUUCUACGUGUCUGGCUUCUUUCUCACCGUCAGCCCACCGUCGAUUCUCUCUGUGGCGAAGCACGCGCUGGAGUGGAACAAGAUGUUCAUCUUCAACUUGAGCGCGCCCUUCUUGUCGCAAUUCUUCAAGGAGCCACUCAUGCAAGUGCUGCCCUAUGUGGAUAUUCUGUUUGGGAAUGAAACGGAGGCGGAGACUUUCGCGGAGGAGCAGAAUUUGGGCACGUGCGAUGUCCGGGAGAUUGCCAGGCUGAUGGCGGACUUGCCGAAGGUGAACAGGAAGCGGCAGCGCACUGUUGUGAUCACUCAAGGCGCCCGGCCGGUGCUCGUGGUGCAGAAUGGCGUGAUGCACGAGUUUCCGGUGCACAAACUCGACAUGGCGGAGGUGGUGGACACAAAUGGGGCCGGAGACGCUUUUGUGGGUGGCUUCCUCAGUCAAUUGGUGCAGGGGAAGGCGCUUGAGGCGUGCGUCAAGUGUGGCAUUUGGGCGGCGCAGAAGAUCAUCCGGAACUCUGGAUGUACUUUCGAGGGGAAGCCAGAUUUCGAUCUAUGA